AAUAAAAAGGUAUUUGAUAAAUAGCAAGAGAUUUGAACAUGUAAGACUCAAAAGCAACUCCACUGGUUCAUGAGAAGCUUUAUUAGCAUUAAAUUAUUGGAAAAUGAAAUAAAGACAGAAUUGUAUCAACAAUCUAUAAAUUGUCCAAAAACUGUACAUUCAGUGUGUUUAAUUGUUAUAUCUAGUGUCAUCUGUUGACAAUUUUUUGUCGAUUCAAAGAGUCAAAAUAUGUCUUAUGCCUUUGAUCAGCAUGACUUAGCUGAUGUUGCCGUUAAAGGUGUUUUUUGUGUUAAACUGCCACCCAAUGUAAGGUCAACUGGAGCCUGGAAAGUAUGGUCACCUAAACUACUCGUGAUUAAGCCUCAGACCAGUGAAAUAAAUGGUCGCCAUGCUAGUCGGUCUAACAAUAAGUUAAUUUUAACAAUAUUUAAAAGCUCAAAAAUGAAAGACACUUCUCAAGGGUUUGUCAUUCAAGAAAUAUUAAAUCCUUCUAGAACCAUCAUCUUUCGCUGCAAAUCUCGUAAAAAGCCACAUGCGUUCACAAUCUACGGCGAUGGUAAACCUAUGGUUCAUAUUUCUGGUGACUCUGAAACAGAGAGUCAGCUUUUGAUUAAAUCAAUUCGUAAUUUGCUUUGGCCUCCAAACCCUAUUUUAUCAUUAUCUAAAACUUUGGGUAGCUUCUUUGAGGUGUCAAUUAUUGACAAUGAAAUUUCGUAUCGAGCUGGUUUACUUGGUGUUUGCGGAUAUCUAACAAUUACAUCGGAAAAGGUUUCCCUAACUUGUCCACAGACUGGUCAUGUUAUCCAAGAAUGGUCAAUGUCUGCUGUAUCAUUCAGGCUGGUACCUCAAUUGAACCUAAAGGACAACAAUAAAGUAGUCAACAUGAAAACAAAUGAAAACAGUAGCACUGGAAUUGGAAACAUAUUAAUCUAUUGUGAGGAAGCCUCCGAACUGAUUAUUCAAGCUAAUCGGGUUCGCUCAUCUGGUAAUAUCAUUGAAACAACUUACAGUGAUGAGCUAUUUCAAAAUUUCAGUCUAUCUCUAAAUGAAUUUGAUUUAACUGCGCGAUUUGAUGAUUUGUGGGAACUCAAUGGCUCCAGUAAAUCACCAUCCCAAUCAAUCUCGGAUCGCUCUUCGUUUACUCCAGUUUCCUCGACAAGAUAUAGCUACAAUCAGUCGACAUCUUACAGCCUUUCCAGCUCUCUGUCAACCAAUAGGUCUUCAGCUUGGCUUGAAUCGAGUGAUAUUGGCAUCUAUGAUGUCCCUCGUCCAACCAAUCCAGUUGCAAUUAAUCAAUCGUCAAACAAUGGUUAUGCUUCAAUAAUCAAACCAACAAAUCAACAAUCUAUUCUAAAUACGAUUCCGGAUCUUCCCUCUUCUGUUCUUGAUUGCUCACUGAAUAGUAAACAAUGGAUGUCCGCUGAAUUAGAUUACAACUCUUAUUCACCAAUAAAUUUGGCUACUUCACUACCGACAGCCGUUGAAAUAUUACAAGAUGACCAUAUUUAUGAAGAGAUAAGAGGCAUGAAAGCAAGGGAAGAAAGGGACGAACUAUUGGACGAUGGUGAAGAUGAUAUUUAUGAGAUUAUUGAACCACUGAGACAAACGCUUUUUGAAGAAGCUGAAAAUAUCAAUCCCAAAAAAGAAGCUAAUCAACUGGACAAUGAUAAAUUCAACGACGAGGCCAUAAUUGGUGUAUUAGAUGAUGGAAGUAAUUUAAAUGAAAAUAGGCCCAAGAGUAAAUCUAUUCCUUUCAAUGCUAACACUCAAUGUAAAAACUUGAAAGUUAAUCAGUUAAAAAGCUCACCAAAAGGUAUUUCCAGAUUUAAUUACUUUAAACUUCGUCGCACUCUCUCCGAAUCAUGGCCAAAUCAAAAUCGUAAUCAAAAUCUUUCACCAUAGUCACCAAAUAGCAAAUUGAAUCACAUUCCAUUUUAUAAAUUCAUCAUUUAAUUCAAUGUAAAUAACAUAUAAUCUCAAUGAAAAUUGUUUACUUGUGUUGAAAAAUUACAUAACGAUUAGCUAUCAUCGGAAUUUAAUUUGAAAACAUGAAAUCAUCACCAUGAAAUAGUUUUACUUUACCCAGCAGUAAUCAAUUUGUUCACUCGUUAUAUUCAGCUGAGGGCAUGCGAGAAAUCUGUAUCUGUUUGUUAUCCAAAUUUAAAUUAAAUUGUUGAUUAUUUUACAUCAGA